CCCUAUUAAAACCCCCGGCCUCCGAUUCGUCAAGGCUGCUCUCCGUCGUCAAUUUCUUCGGAGCUCCGGUCUUUUCCCGGCGGUUUAAAAUUCGUGCCCCGAGAUCUCCCUCCCAAAAAAGGAGCUUCUUUUGUUCUGUUGAAGAGAUCUCCAAGGAUCCCGAUCCCCGUGAUUUCUCUCCGCGCGCGAAUCUCAAAGCAAUGGACAGCUUCCCUGGUCUCCGCAAAGUCUCAUCCUACGCCUCCAUCACCGACGUGGACGAGGUGGAGAUCUCGAAGCUUCUGGAGAAGAAAAAGGUCAACCUUGAGCGCAAGAGUUCCUUCGACGAGAGGUCCUUCAGCGAGCUCGACGGGUACCGGUCGGGGAUCGACACGCCGUCGUCGUCGAUGAGGAACUCGUUCGAGCCGCAUCCGAUGAUUGGGGAGGCUUGGGAGGCUCUCCGGAGGUCGAUGGUGAACUUCAAAGGGCAGCCGGUGGGGACUAUUGCUGCUUAUGAUCAUGCCUCUGAGGAGGUCUUGAAUUAUGACCAGGUCUUUGUUCGUGAUUUUGUACCAAGUGCCCUUGCUUUUUUAAUGAAUGGAGAGCCGGACAUUGUUAAAAAUUUUCUCCUUAAAACACUGUAUCUUCAAGGGUGGGAGAAGAGGGUAGAUCGUUUCCAGCUUGGGGAAGGGGUCAUGCCUGCAAGUUUUAAAGUGCUUCAUGAUUCUGCUAGGAACUCUGACACUCUAAUUGCUGACUUCGGGGAGAGUGCAAUUGGACGAGUUGCACCUGUUGACUCUGGAUUCUGGUGGAUUAUUCUUCUCCGUGCCUACACAAAGUCGACAGGGGAUUUAACUCUUUCAGAGUCACCGCAAUGUCAAAAGGGCAUGAGGCUUAUUUUAGCUUUGUGUUUGUCAGAGGGAUUUGACACUUUCCCGACAUUGCUUUGUGCUGAUGGAUGCUCUAUGAUAGAUCGAAGAAUGGGUAUUUAUGGUUAUCCAAUUGAAAUCCAAGCCCUUUUCUUCAUGGCAUUGAGGUGUGCUUUGGCGAUGCUUAAACAUGACAAUGAAGGAAAUGAGUUUGUGGAACGAAUUAUCAAACGGUUGCACGCCUUAAGUUUUCAUAUGAGAAGCUAUUUCUGGCUUGACUUCCAACAGCUCAAUGAUAUUUACCGCUAUAAAACAGAGGAAUAUUCUCAUACAGCUGUGAACAAGUUUAAUGUCAUUCCUGAUUCAAUCCCGUACUGGGUUUUCGAUUUUAUGCCAACGAAAGGUGGUUAUUUUAUUGGAAAUGUCAGUCCUGCAAUGAUGGACUUCAGAUGGUUUGCACUUGGGAAUUGUGUUGCCAUUUUAUCAUCACUUGCGACACCAGAGCAAUCUAUGGCUAUAAUGGAUCUAAUCGAAGCGCGAUGGGAAGAGUUGGUUGGAGAAAUGCCUCUGAAGAUAAGCUAUCCUGCCAUCGAGAGCCACGAAUGGAGGAUUGUUACGGGUUGUGACCCCAAAAAUACUAGAUGGAGUUACCACAAUGGAGGAUCUUGGCCAGUCCUCCUGUGGCUGCUCACUGCAGCAUGCAUCAAAGUUGGCCGACCACAAAUCGCAAGAAGAGCAAUUGACCUAGCCGAGGCACGGCUUCAGAAGGACAGCUGGCCAGAAUACUAUGAUGGCAAAGUAGGCCGAUUCGUUGGCAAACAGGCAAGAAAGUAUCAGACUUGGUCCAUUGCAGGUUACUUGGUUGCAAAAAUGAUGCUAGAGGAUCCCUCACAUCUUGGAAUGAUCUCCCUGGAAGAGGAUAAGCUGAUGAAGCCUCUGAUCAAGAGAUCAACAUCCUGGACUUGUUAAAAGAAAAUCGAAAAUGAAACUUUUUCUCAUACGAUUCUUUGGCGAUAAUCUCAUCGUCAGUACAACAUUAAAUGCUAAAAAGUGUGUUUUGUUUGCUCGGUAUUAUUCAUUUGGUUCCUCUUUGUAGCAAAGAAACUAGCAUCAUGUUAAUUUUUACCUAUUUGCUUGCGGAGUUCCUUUUCUGUUUUGUUUCA